UUUCCGGCCGGUCGGGUUACAGUGACACACAGGGCGGAAGUGGAGCCAUUGCUGUGUGUCGUGGCUGUGAGCAGACAGGAUCUUCACUCGACUCUACUGUGAUACUCACUUAUUGAACAGCACUGAGGAGAGCUCGACCCGUCUGUACACACACUUCAGAUUCCCACAGCCUGGAUAUGUCCUUCAUAUUUGACUGGAUUUAUAGUGGAUUCAGUAGUGUUCUACAGUUCCUAGGGCUGUACAAGAAGUCCGGCAAAUUAGUAUUUCUUGGCCUGGACAAUGCUGGCAAGACGACAUUACUGCACAUGCUUAAAGAUGACAGACUGGGUCAGCAUGUGCCAACCUUACACCCCACCUCAGAAGAACUGACGAUUGCUGGAAUGACCUUCACAACCUUUGACCUGGGGGGUCAUGCUCAGGCUCGUCGUGUGUGGAAAAACUACCUCCCUGCCAUCAAUGGCGUCGUAUUCCUCGUUGACUGCGCAGAUCACAACAGACUGGCUGAAUCUAAAACAGAGCUGGACGCACUCAUGACAGAUGAAACCAUUGGAAAUGUGCCUAUCUUGAUCCUUGGCAACAAGAUUGACAAACCUGAUGCCAUCAGUGAGGAGAAACUGCGUGAGAUCUUUGGACUGUACGGUCAGACAACAGGCAAGGGCAACGUCCCCCUCAAAGAGCUGAACACGAGACCACUGGAGGUGUUUAUGUGCAGUGUGCUGAAGAGACAGGGCUACGGUGAGGGCUUCCGCUGGCUUUCACAGUACAUCGACUAGAACAAUACACACACACACACACACACACACACACACACACACACACACUGACAGCCUGCCUUCACUCUCAGACACAGCUACUCGACUCCAAUAGACUGUUAUUGGACACGAGCGUUCGGUUCAACUACUCUUUUCUCACAUUAUUUGUUAAAAAAAUGACAAACUAGAAGUGAUUCUGCAAAUGUGCUGAAUCCAAAACCAUGAAUCUUUACAUUUAUGCCACUUUUAUUUACGCUGUAAUUUAAUGUUUUGCAAUUCAUCUGUUGUUUGUUCUCAUGUGGAGCUGUAAAAAUCAUACAGCGACUGUAAAUUAUGCUACACGUGUACUGGCAACCCCAAUGUAACUACACAUCACAAUACAUACUUAAAACGAGAACUUUGUCUUCUAUCCAGUGUUUCACUUCCUGUCACAUGUGGCCGCAGUCUUCUGACUUUAAGAUAAAGUUGUGACUGUCUGUGCCAAUACAGUCCAUCAGUAUGGUCAGUCUGAACAGCAUAUCAGUUUUUCUUUCAGCAAAUUUGGGACUUGUACUGCCACAUUCAGAAUGUCAUUCCCAGUCUCAAGUCUCUUUAAAUGGAUACAGACCUUUUGAAUUAUGUUAUGGAAUUCCAGAUAGUUAUGGCAAUAAACUGCAGGGCAGAGUAAAUGGAAGAAUAUCAUUUCUGGGUGUCCUCAGGGCGGGGUUUUCACAAAAAUACAUAAUUAUGAUAUUUAACUGCUAACAAAUGGUAAGAUAGUGAAAAGUGGAAAAUCUAGUUGAGGCAUAAAAUGUUGCCGUUUAAAGCUGUUCUGUAUAUUGAUAACAGAUCUUGCCUUGAAACAGCACAGGGUGAGUGCUGGUGUGAGAAAUACUCACGCACUGUUAUUAAUCAAUGACAUGGACCAUAUGUAAUUUAUAGAAAUGCCAUACAUUGAUUUUUUUUUUUUUUAUCUGUCUUGAAUAGCUCUUAAUUUGAUCAAAGUGGAUAAAAAAAAAAACUAUUAUGCAUGCCUUAUUCCAUGAUUAUAUACAUAUAUUUUUGUUUUACAAACAAACAUUGAGAGUGCAAAAGCAUCUGCCGCAGGAUGAAAUGCCAUGGGCAUGUCUUCAUGUUCUGUUGAGCUCUAAUGGAAUGUCACAUACAUCAAUGAUUUAGAUUUUCUAUACUGUCCCUCCAUGUAUCAUCGUUCAUUCCAUGAGCUGUUCCAUUUAUGAGAGAGAACAUUGUUUGCAUCAUAAAUUGUAAUAAAUGUUUGCAAUGAAAACAAACUCUGUCUGUGUAACA